ACUACCUCUACGCUUUUAUGAUGAACAAAUGUGAAGUUUUUGGAUGUCUGUUGCAGUUAGAGAAGUUUUAAACGUAUGCUUUUAAGAUAGAUAUACUUAGUUGUAAAAUAAAGGAGACAGCAAGAAUGUGUCGUAUUUGCUCAGGUGGAAAGAUGGUUUGAAAGUUAAUUUCUGUGUUCUUCCAGAAUAGAUAUAAAGAUAAUUAAGCAAAAAUUGUAUUAACUGAUAUUAGUAACCUUAAAAAAGUUGGGAAUACAAACCAGUCAUGUUUACCUGGAAAUUCGCACUCUCCAUAAUAAUUUUUCAAGUUUAUAUUACGUUAUGUUAUGGACUGUGUGACCAGCGAGAAACAGGUGGUGAUUUAAAAUGUUGCAAAUUCAAAGAUGCUUCGUGUUUUGUGAAAACGUAUCAUACAAGAGCACGCGGUUUGGCCAACUCCAUAUGCUACUGUGAUGCGUAUUGCAAAUUUACUAAAGACUGUUGCAAAGAUAUUGACAAAGUUAGAAAAUUGUGCGACAAACCUGUUCAUUGCAUCGUUAGUGAAUGGGAAAAAUGGACUGGUUGCAGUACAAAAUGUGGUUUUGGAGUUAGAAAGAGAAAAAGAAGCAUCAAACAAAAAAAUCAAAAUGGCGGAAACCCAUGUGGUCCACUUGAACAAGUUCGAGGAUGUAAUAUGAAUUCAAUUUGUGAUUCUAACGAAGACACAUCACCAGCCUUUAUUCUUCCAAUUACAUUCAGAAGACCACACAUAGGAAAAUAUAUAUAUGAAAACAUUUUACCAGCAACCAGAAUUGAUGAAGCGCCAAAGAGUAUUCACAAACCAACUUAUUCAUAUUGUGUUCAUUACAAAGUCACAUAUAGAAGAAGAAAAUGCGCUGGUACUUGGGCAGGUAGCUUACAAAGUGAAAUGCCCGUUUGUACAGAAUGUCAAUCACGUGUCAUGAAUGGCGGACAUUGUCGUGGUGAAGGAAGAAUGGGACAGAGAACAAGAUGGAAGGCUUUAGGACUUUCUCGUUGCCAAGGGGAUUGGGUUCGUUUAGGACAAAUUAUACCAAAUUGCACUUGCGAUGCAAAACAAUUCUCCAACUUUGUUUUUGUAUAAAAUUGACCUAAUCACCAGAAUAUGUUACGUUUCCAAAGGAUUUUAAAAGGAUGGUAAGAUGUUUAAUGCCUGGAGCUAAAGUUAAGGGGAAACAGUUAAAUAUAUAUUAUUGCACAAAAGAACACGGGGAAAAGAGAAGGAACACGACACGUUACACUAUUAGAACUUCUAUAACUAAUAGUUAUAAAUUAAAUUUUUACAAAAACAAAUUCUUGUCCCUGCUUUGUUUAGGAAUAUUCUUGACAUUUGCUAUUUUUUUAAAGCUAGUGCAAAUUUCUGUAGUACCUCUAUAUCUCCAGUCAGCUUAAUCUAAAGAGUUUUUUUGUUUCUUGAAAAGUUUUAUAACCGCAUUUCUUAUCAUGUAAAAUAUUAAAUUUACUCUAUUUUUCUCGUAUGUUUAUAUAUGCGAAAUAUAUAGUUAAUUGUUUUUAAAGAAAUAUCUUAUCCACAAUAUCUUACGAACAUACAACAAGCACGAAAAAAUAACAUUAUUGGAGCCUAAAUUAUGCGGACUCCUCCAGCGA